AUGCAUACCGGCGAAUCGGCGAAAUUUGAGACGCAGGUUCUCAUUAUUGGCAAUGGUCCCGCUGGAAUCGCACUAUCGGCAUUUCUGUCUGGAAUGCAUCCAUUUUAUGACGUCUGCCAUCCGCAUGAGAAUCCGACGGUUCAUGAGAAGCUGAUGGCCGCCCAUAACAUUUCACUUCUCGACCAGGAUUUGUCGUGGUCCGAGAAUCUCAGCGAGCUCAGCCAAACCGGCCGGCCGUUGUCGGUCCUUUAUGACAUGCUCGUGAGACCCGGCGCCGACGUCGGCACGAACGCGCCGGGGAGCCUGAUAUGGGAAAUGAACGCUGGACGCGAAAUCCCUCAUCUUGUUGUCGGCGAUGGGAGAAUUGGAGGAAGCUGGAAUCAGUAUGAUCCGGAGAUGCUCACUGUCUCGUUUAGCGAUUGGCUCGACAUGCCCGGAUUCAGCAUGGAAGAAUGGCUUGGAGGUGUUCCACUUGUUAAAAGGCUUCCUUCAAUCGCCGUUGCUUCUUAUCUGAACGCUUAUACCGAACGAAUUGGAUCGAAGAAGAAUUUCUUGUGCGAUAUUAAGGUUACGUCGGUGAAAAAGCAUGGAGAAUCGUGGAUUACUGAAGGAAUUAGAAAUGAUGGCAAGAAAAUUGAAAUUAAAUCGACGGCUGUGGUGAUUGCUUGCGGAAAAACGUCGCCAAAAAAGCUAAUUGAAACUGCUUCCAUUUCCAAUCCACUUCCAUUAAAAAAUUGUGAGGACAAUACAGUUUACGAUUCAAGAAGUUUAAAAAGUCGAAUUGAUGUAAAACAACACCGGGAACUCGACUAUGCUCAACCCAGCACUUCCUCCGAACCGGUCGUGGUUGUUGGCGAUGGCAUUUCGUCGGUGGAUUGCGUUCGAGAAUGCCUUGAGAGGAACAUACCAGUUGUUCACGUUAUACGCAGAACUGCCAAGCAAUUGCGAAAUAUAAUGAUGUCGCGAUUAUCGCCGACUCAUUACUCCGAGUACACCAAUAUUUAUCGAUUGAUGAUUGGAAGGGAGGCGAAUGAGAAUUACACGAGGAUUCUAGAAGGCACGGUUGGCGAGGUGCGCAAGAAUUCUCUAAAUGUCUACACACCAAAAGGGAAAUUGACGCUAAACUACUCCGUACUGGCAGUGUGCAUCGGCAGAGAGUCGCACUUUGACGAGAUCCUACCGGACACCACAUUCCUCGACUACCGUAGCCAACAGGAUGACACACUUUUCGCGGUGGGAGCCUACGUUGGCGACCAUUUUGUGAGAUACCUUGUUGGCGGAUGUCUAAGAGUCGCUCAACAUAUUGUCGCUUGCCAGAAAAUCUGCACCAAUAAUAAUAAUAACGAGAAAUGUUGA